AUGUGUGGUGAUGAGCGACCAUGCGGCAUGUGUAUUAGACGAGGAAUGGGCCAUGCGUGCUAUGACGGGAUUCGCAAAAAGCCCAAGUAUCUUGAAGAAGUGCCUGGCACUACGGUGAUGGAUAUCAGUCCAUCCAUCCACGACAACAAUGUCCCACAAACAAUACAACACAAAGAACAGCCUCAGCAACCGCGGUGGUUUGUGACCCCAGGCGAAUACUCGAUACUUGAGUCUACUAUCCCCGGGAACACUACCAGCGAGCAAAGCCCCUACGGGCUACAAGAAAUGUGCAUACAGUCCUCUCGUGAUUCUGUCGGCGGAAACAAGGACAAUGGGCCGAAUAAACCAAAUUACCAGCAAACACUCAUCCCAGAUACCUGUUUUCUGGAUGAUUUGACCCGUUGCGAUCUUUUGAAUCAGCAGAAUGCAAAGUUGGAAUUCGCUCCGCAAAUGGCGGAGUGUGAUAUGCAUGUUGAAUCCACAUCCAACACAGGCAGCCAGCUUUCAUUUGCCAUCAAGAGUGGCUGGUCUAGCACUUUCUUUUAA